AUGCCAAUCACCAAUUCGCCAGCUGGUGACCAGAAGUCCGGUGGAGAAAAGGUGCCGCGGGCUGCGGAUGUGCCUCGUGGCAACACAGAUAGUGGUCGGCAAGGCACGAGCCAAGAGCUGGGAAGGCCAUCCGCCGCCAACGAGGGGGCGCGGCAGCUGGCCGCGCUCGAGGAAGCCAUGCGGGCCGUGACAAUCGAAGCCAAGGCCGGGCACCUUGACGACGAAUUGGUGCCUAUUAAGGCAGACAUGCUGGAGGGCAUGUAUAGGGAGGGCUGUGCCGUGCUCUCUCGCCUCGAAGCGAAGACCGGUGCGCCUCAACGCCGCGGCCAAUUCUGCGAUGCAUACGCAGCGGCGAGGGUUGCGCUGGGCCGCUUGCGGAAGGCUGAGACGGCGUCCAGCUCCGUGCUGGACGCGACGACGGCAAGUCCGGCGCCGAGGCCUGAGCAUCUGCCUCGCAUUGACUUGCCGAAGUUCGGCGGGGACCCGAGCGACUGGCCAUCGUUCGCGUCCCGCUUUGAGCGGCGCCUGUCCGGCUGGCAGGAGGACGCGACACGUUACGCGUACCUCCAGCAGUGCUUUGCAGGGUAUCUGCCGGCCUUGCAGAGCGCGGAAUCGUUCGAAAAGGCUGGUAUGCCUUUCGAGGAGGCAUGGAUGAGGCUCCAAGAGCGGUUUUAUAAGAAGCGAGUGGCCUUCUUGGGGCAUUUCCGUACCAUCUUGGAGGCCCCAAGACUGUCGAGCGCCUCAUCGAACGGCCUGAUGCGGCUCAUCGACGUGGUGGAGACGGCCAUCACGUCAGCCCGUCAGGUUGCCGGAAAACCAGAGGAGGCACCCUCUACAAUGGAGGACGGGUUCCUAGUGAGCAUAGUGCUGUCCAAGCUGGACGAGGACAGCUUGGCACGCGUUACCAGAAAGGCCGACCAGCAGCUCAUUCCAACGUGGAAGGAGCUGCGCGACGAGCUGGAUUCUAUGGCGAACCGGCUCUACUACGAACCAAAGAGGCAGAAGGAUCCGGCCUCCCGUGGCCCCCCAGCCUCCAAGGUUCAAGCAUCGGCCAUAGCACCGCGCAAGGCAGCCUACGUGGCUACCACAGCACCAGCGGCGGCUCAAUCGAAGCCGAAGUCGUGCAUCGCUCGGGAUCCGGCUGGCGUUAAAGAUGGCCCCGCUUCAUCGGCUUCCGCUAAGCCGAAAACGGCAGAUGAUCGUCGGCUGUGCUACGCAUGUGACAAGAUGGGCCAUAAGGGCAAUCUCUGUCCCGAGAUGCGUGUGCGGUCCGCAAUGGAAAGGGUAAAUCUCAUCAUGGAACGCAGGAACCCCCGCAAAUCCUCCCGUGGAACACCCUCGUGCGUCUCCCGUGACGACGAUACCACUACGACCAGUAUCGCUACCUUGUUAGCGACGGUCAUUGCCCGGGUGUUAGGUGCUGAUGGCCAGUGGCAUCAAGUACGCUGCAUAAUGGAUUCGGGCAGCCAAAUUGAUGCAAUUACCAUUGCCGCAGCGACACGGCUGCCGAUGCCUCUCCGGCCAUCAAGGCUGCAGUUGGAUGGUGUUUCCGGGCCACUCGCAGUUACGCGCGAAUGCGAAACGAUGGUGGCUAACUGCGACGGAACCCGCAGCUUCCCGGUGAAAUUCUACGUGAUCCCGGAGCUGCCUAACCUCCCCUAUCGGUCGCUGAAAGGGAGCAAUGCUGGUAUGCCCACAGACUUGGACCUUGCCGACAAGUCAUACUACGUCAGUGGCCCAGUUGACGUAAUAUUGGGCGCCGGGGUGUACUUCGCCUCGCUCAUCCCAGGAAUGGGGCGGACUGAACGAGGGCUAACCAUCCAGAACUCCGUGUUCGGAUGGUUAGUGGGCGGAUUACUCCGUCAAGACGCUGCCCAAAAGGUCAGGUCGUACCCAUGUGGAGUGGCCACAGUGGAAGACGACCUCCGUAAGUGCAUCGAGCGAUUCUGGGAGGUUGAGGAUGCAUCUCUCCCGUGGAAUCCGGGUACGCCGUCGGCUACAGCACCGGAACUUGAGGCUUUUUUCCGCGAUACUACAUCAUUGGCGCCGGACGGCCGAUAUGUAGUGAAAAUUCCCUUACGGGGGGAGUUGAGUGAGCUGGGGGAUUCCUACCAGCACGGAGUCAGGCGCUUACUAGCACUCGAGCGUAAGCUAGAGCGCCACUCCAGCACAUAUGACGACUACCGCGCAUUUAUGCGCGAGUAUAUUGAGCUGGGACACAUGACACUAGUCGAACCGGAAGACGCGAAGCGGCCGGAUUUAUUACGCAUCUGGCUUGACUUCCGGCUACACACGGUGGUAGCAACGGCUGACAUCGCAAAGAUGUACCGCCAAGUAUGGGUAUCAGACGAGGAUACUUGGAUGCAGUGCAUCCUGUGGCGCGACCAUCGUACCCAGCCGAUGCAAACGUACCGAUUGCGCACCGUUACGUACGGUGAGGCAGCCUCCUCUUACUUGGCAUGCAGAGCACUGCAAGAGGCCGGAGAGGAGGUACGUGCCAGUAGUCCUGCGGUCGCAGAUGCCAUACGACAUGGGUUCUACGUGGACAAUUUGUCGUUGGGUGCCGCCACAUCCGAAGAACUACGUGUCCUCUGUUCGGGUGUGGAACAAACGCUGCUUCGCCGCGGUAUGCCCUUGCGAAAGUGGGUCUCGAAUAUGGACGAUGUACUCUAUCACGUACCACCGGAGCAUCGGGAAGCUCCAGUGAAGAUCGGCGACCGCGAUGCCGUUCGCAUGUUAGGGUUAUCCUGGUGCCCGACCGAGGACACUUUCCAACUAGUCAUAGGCGACGAAAUCCUUCAGCUAGCGGAGAACCUGACCAAACGUGGUCUCGUCGCAAGGAUUUCCAAGCUUUAUGAUCCAGUUGGGAUCUUGCAGCCGGUGAUCAUCACGGCCAAGAUGAUAAUGCAAGAUCUGUGGCGCGAAGACCUCGCAUGGGAUGACUGCGUGUCUCCCGCGUCAGUCCACCAGUGGAACGAAUUCACGACGCAACUCCCGUUGUUGCGGAAGCUGCACAUACCACGGAUGGCUGCUCCUAGUGCCCCGACCACUAUACGCAUCGAUGGAUUUUGUGAUGCGUCGCUGAAGGCAUAUGGUUGCGUAUUCUACGUAACCUUCACGGACAAUCAGGGCAACCAAACGACACGCUUGUUGUGUUCAAAGGCUAGAGUAGCACCGCUGAAGACGACGACGUUGCCACGUUUGGAGCUGCAAGCCGCCCUGUUGUUAUCCGAGCUCUACGUGAGAAUUCGAGAUGCCUUCGACUCCCGUGUCAAGGAAACAUACUGGUGGUCGGAUUCGCAAAUGAAGCAGUCGCAGCAGAGUUAG